CAACUGUAAGCGAAUGGCUAGGCUCAGUUUUUCUUUUCCAUGGAACUUAUAUAUACUGUAGUUUUUGGAUCAUGUCUGAUACUUCAGAUCAGCGCUUUUGGGAAGUCUGGUAAAGCGGAAGUCAAAGGCAACGUCCUGUUCCAAGUGCAAUUACCUAAUGUUUUAUACCAAUCCAUCCCUAAGUUCACCAAAGAUGAUACGAAAGAUCGUAUAACGCAACAUGAAAUAAAAUUGGUGUCAGACAAAAAAUUGCUUGUUAAAUGCGUAGAAGAUGACUAUGAAGCGGAGGCAUACAUAUUCAGUCCAGGAGAUCACUAUCACUUGAUAGACAGGUUGAAGCUAUUUCCCAGGAAAGACGUUUGCAAACAAAUGAAUCGUUUUGACACUGAUUUUUUUGAACAGCCGAUACUGUAUGAAUCAUACGGACAUGAUAAGUUAAUGUUCACCAUGUCGUACAAGUUUAAUGGGGAGGAAGAUCAGUGCCUCAAAAGACGGUACCUUUUCUCAACUUUUCUUUACUAUGCCAAAUUUGAAAGAGGACCGGUAGAACUGACAGAUUGCAAGAAGAGUUUUGCGGAAUAUUUAACAAAUCAUGAAAUUUUGUUAUCAUCGGGAUCUUUUGGAAUCAUGGAUUUUAACAAAAAUAUGUAUUCUGUUGGGGAACCUUCCAUUCACACUUUUAAUGUACCAAACUUGAAACUCAGGUGCCAGAUGUACACCAAGAAAACUAAGAGCGGCCCGAUUGAAGAUUCCACAGAAGCAAUAGGAUAUAUUAUAUACGAGGAUACAAAACUUAAACAGGAUAUGAUAAUAGAAAAGCUACGUCUAGACUCUUGUGAAGCCGGAGUUAAUGGAAUGUACAUCAAAGAAGGCAUUACCUCUUUAAACACGAGGGAAUUCACACUUGUGUUUAAAACGACAGACGGACAAUGCUAUAGGAGCCACCUUACCUAUGAACCACUUAGAGAUAAAUUAAAAGUUGGUCGAUCCGCUCCUGACAGAGUCAAUUGUCCAGAUGUUUGGACGAGUGACGCUGCCUUGGCUACAAAGCCACCAUUGUACAUACGAUUUUUGAAAUUCCUUGGCAAUCUUUCGAGGAAGUUUAGGCAGCUUUUGAAACUGUGAGUUCUGAAGAUCAGUAAUCUACCAAAUAAACUAC